UUUUCCCGGCUGAGCUGAGAUGGACGUGUUGUGAGAGUCUCCUUUUCCCCGGCUGAGCUGAGAUGGACGUGUUGUGAGAGUCUCCUUUUCCCCGGCUGAGCUGAGAUGGACGUGCGUCUGACCAGUCCCACUGGGGGAGAACCCAGAGGAGUAUCAGCAAAGGAUCAUGGGAGCUAGAGUCCAGAGACAAGUGCUGACUUCCUACAAAGAGGAUCUGGUCAGAGCUGCACAGAGUACUCCUGUGUUUCAGAGACCUACAGUGGAUGGCGCUGCCGUUACCCAGCAGCCCGCCACUGGACCUGAUCGGUAAUGACAGCCUGCAGGACUGGGAAGUGAUUGGUGGAGGGGGAUUUGGACAGAUCCACAAGGCCAGGCAUAUAAAGUGGAGGUUCGAUGUGGCCAUCAAGUUGCUGCAUUAUGAUGAUGGCUCUAGCACGUCCCUGCUUAAGGAGGUAAAGAAUAUGCAGAAGGGAGGGAGCCCCCAUGUGGUGAGGAUUCUGGGGGUGUACCAGGGGUGCCCUCCCUCUCCAGGUAGAGGCCUCUCCACCCAGCUGGGUAUUGUGAUGGAGUUAAUGAACAUAGGCUCCCUGGCCACCCUCCAGGCCAGCCUCUCUGGCCCCCCACCCUGGCCCCUGGCCUUCCGCCUGGCCCACCAGAUCGCUCUGGGAAUUAACUUCCUUCACAACCUUCCUCAGCCACUUCUGCAUCGCGACCUGAAGCCCAAUAACGUGCUGCUGGAUGACAACCUUAAUGCAAAGCUUACAGAUUUUGGCCUUGCUGAAGUCUCCCAUAGUGUUUUGGAAAUGUCCAGUGAAGAGCCCGGGAAGGAAGGAGGUACUCUAAGCUACAUGCCCCCUGAGGCUUUUGAAUCAUCGUAUGAACCAACUCGAGCCACUGAUAUCUACAGUUACGGCAUACUGCUGUGGUCCAUCUUCACUGGAAAAGUGCCCUAUUAUGCAGAUAACCCUCAUCUCCAGUCCAGUAUGGUGAGGUUCCGGGUCCCCUUGGGCGACAGGCCUCCUCUGGAGGCAGUGGACAGGGACCAGGCUGGUGGGCUGGGGGAGAUGGUGGACCUCAUGGUGAAUUGCUGGGACCAACAGCCUUCUAAUAGACCCCAUUUCCUGGAUUGCCUCACUGUGACAGAGAGAACAUAUGAGAGGCACAAGCAAUCAAUAAACGACGUUGUCCAUCAAGUGCUCCUCAAACUGGUACUGUACAAGACACUCUGAUUCAAAGCCUCUCGAUCUAUAUGUGUAACAUUCACUUAUAGCAACGUAGCUGAACAACUCCUCAUUU